AUGUCGCUAUCGCCAUCGACACAAGCCGUCCGCGCGCGUUCUCUCUACCGUCGCCUUCUACGUGAGCUUCCCGCCCGUUCGCCCUCAAUCCUCGCAAACCCAUCGCCAGUGCAGAAGCACAUUCGAUCCGACUUUGCAAAUGCACCAAAUUCUGCCUCGCUUCAACACCAGGCAUCCAAACCGGCAGACCGUAGAUUGGACGAAGCCGAGCAAUAUGUGCAAUAUCUUGCGUCGCAGCGAGUGUAUACGACGCUUCUCGAACGAUACAAUCCGGGAAUGAACAUGACCCAGGAGGACCGAGUGCGCUUGACGGCGAGGAGGGUGGGUAUGGACUUGCCCAUCGACUUGAUGCGUGGCAGCAUUGGCAAGAGUCAGAAAUGA